CAAGUCCUCAUCCACCCUUGAAUUAGCUUGACUAACGUGAUGCACGCAAUCAUCCUUGUUCUGACAGGGCUACUGGCUCUCACCGCAGCUACCAUGGAAAGUCAACAACCUUUGGCUUCUUUUGGAAAGCAAGUGCCUAGGUAUAAAGAAAAUUAUUCAUGCAGAAAAAACGGAUGUCUCCGUGGAUGUCAAUGCGUCCCGAGGUGUGUUUAUUCCUUUGGUAAAGAAAGGUUGAUUUAUCCCCAAAAACGCGGGGGCACUUGCAGUUACAGCGGCUGCACUAGAGGAUACGGGUGCAAAGAUAUUUGUCAGUACACAGAUAGUUUGACCCGGAAAUUAACUGAAUUGUAUCGUAAUCGCCCGUUGCAUGAAUUAACUCGGAAACUGUCUGGGACAGAUUGUGAAGUCAAGAAUGUAAAAAAUUAA